AUGUCUUGGAAACGACCAACAUCAGUCCCGUACCCAAAUAUUUGGUGCACGUUCGAAGCACCGGACCCGGAUCGAGAUGACGGUGGAUUAGCGACGUACAGGGUGGAGGACCUCACGAAGGAUCGCUUUGAAGACGCUAUUAAACUAUACACGGAGCACUUCCUCGACGAUGAACCUCUUAGCCAGUACGGCAGAAGUGUGCAAAAGCAAGAAGGAAAGGCAAAUACCAGAACUGUCACUUUCUGGAGGAAUUGUCUUAACGAACGGAUGUCAGUUGCAUGCUAUAAGGACGGAUCAAUGGAAUUGGUCGCUGCCAAUCUGCUGUCUGUGAAGCAGGCCAACUGUAAAAAAGAUAUUGAUGUCCAGGCACUUUCCGAAACUGGACGAAAGAUUGUAGCAGUAUAUGAUUAUAUGACCGAUACAGGGAACCUCUUCCAGCGCCACGCCGUGGACAAGUACCUCGCUGCGUAUGGUUUGAGUGUCAACAGUCGAUACCGCGGUCGGGGGAUUGCGACAGAGAUUCUCAAAGCCCGUAUUCCUAUUUGUAAAGCAUUCGGACUGCGACUUACUAGCACCAACUUUACGGCCAUCGGCUCGCAAAAAGCGGCAAUGAAGGUUGGCUUUAAAACGGAUCUAGAAAUGCGAUACGACGAAUUCGUGAAGGUUAACCCAAGCUACACAUUCGAAGGCAUUAAGAGCACCAGCAUCAAGCUCAUGAGUUUAGUGAUCGAAUGA